UAAAAACGAAACCAAACAUUCUUCUUCCUGAAAAUUGAAGGCAACCAGAAGAAAAAUCCAUUAAUUUCUGGGGUUUUUCAUUUUAGGCGCCAUGGAUUACUCCACCAGAAUUUUCAUAAUUCUAGUCAUUUCAAUCCAAAUUUCUCAUAUUUAUUCUCAAUCAAUUAUUCAAACGCCACUUGAAAACAACAGAAAAACAUUAAUCAGAGAUAUCACCGAUGAUGACGAAAUCUUCUGCAAUAGCUGGAAAUUUACAGUCGAAACAAAUGAUGCUGGAAUCUGGAGUCGAAUCCCAAAAAGAUGUGUUAAAUUUGUUGGUGAUUAUAUGUUAGGUAUACGUUAUGCGUCAGAUUCAGAUCGAGUUUUAGAUUCUUCGUUAUCGUUUGCGAGAAAUGUUAAGAUUGCUGGUGAUGGUAAAGAUGCUUGGGUUUUUGAUAUCGAUGAGACAUUGUUAUCAAAUGUUCCUUAUUAUCAACUCCAUGGAUUUGGAUCGGGGUUGUUUGAUGAGAAAUCAUUUGAUGAAUGGGUGGAUUUAGCUGAGGCACCAGCUUUACCUGCAAGUUUGAAGCUGUUCUAUGAGCUCAAGCAUUUGGGUUUCAAGAUCAUUCUACUGACAGGUCGUUCGGAGUUUCAAAGAGGUGCUACGGAGAAAAAUCUUUUAUUUGCUGGUUAUGAUGACUGGGAGAAGCUCUGCUUAAGGGACGAUUCAGAUAUAGGAAAAAAUGCUACAUUGUACAAAUCAGGGAGGAGGCAGCUGGCGGAAGAAGAAGGGUAUAGAAUUCAUGGGAACUCUGGAGACCAGUGGAGUGAUUUGCUAGGUUUUGCUCGGGCAACAAGAUCCUUCAAACUCCCUAAUCCAAUGUAUUACAUUGCGUGAUUAAAUUACUUGGUAAUCAUUCGUGUGUCAGGUAACAAACAAGUAGAUGGUUGUGAUGAUAAUGUAUUACCUUUGUAUAUCAUUCUUCCAUUGGGUUGUGCUCAAAUAUUUGCAUCAAAUUCAUUGUGGUGUUAUUGUUGGAAACCUGUUUUUCAUUCCUUACUCAAGACUAUGCAGCAUAUGCACACAAUCUAUUCCAUUGAAUGGGUUUACUUUGAGAUGAUCCUUUAUUAAUAUGAUUUCGGGGUUCAUUGAUA